AUGUCCACAGAUCUUCGCCUCCAUCCUAGAGCUCUGAAUUUCUCCAGAAACUUCAAUCCCGCUUUAAGCAAUCGAAAGGUGUCGUCUUUUUCGAGAGUCGGGUACGCUCAGAGCAAGAAAUUCAGCUGCAGUGUUUCCAAAACAGAGAACGUAGCUCCUAAGGAUGAUGAUGAGAGAAGAAAGGAUAGAGCUUUGGUGAAGAUGUGCGGCAUCACAUCAGCUAGAGAUGCUGCUAUGGCGGUUGAAGCUGGUGCUGAUUUCAUCGGGAUGAUUAUUUGGCCACAUUCAAAACGAUCCAUUUCUCUCUCUGUUGCAAAGGAUAUCUCCAAAGUGGCGAGAGACGGUGGUGCCAAACCUGUUGGUGUUUUCGUUGAGGAUGACGCGAGCACCAUUCUUAGAGCAGCUGAUACCUCUGACCUUGAGCUCGUUCAGCUUCAUGGUAAUGGUUCGCGUGCUGCUUUCUCGGGAUUAGUACGCGAAAGAAGAGUCAUAUAUGUGCUUAAUGCAAGUGAAGAUGGUAAGCUCUUGAAUGAAGUUCCUGAAGAAGAGGAUUGUCAUCUCGCUGAUUGGAUUCUCGUCGAUAGUGCAACGGGUGGGAGUGGAAAAGGAUUCAACUGGGCUCAGUUUAAGUUGCCAUCAAUCAGAAGCAGACAUGGGUGGCUCUUAGCUGGGGGAAUUAAUCCGACAAACGUUUCAGAAGCUCUCUCUAUCCUGCAACCUGAUGGAAUUGAUGUUAGCAGUGGUAUUUGCGCUACGGAUGGCAUCCAGAAGGAUCAGUCUAAGAUAAGCUCCUUCGUGACUGCAGUUCGCUCUGUACAUUACUAA